CCACCAAAACUAACCAUAACCCCCUCCGACAUAACCUUCCUCUCAACACUCCAAGAAUCCAAAAACUCCGUAGUAUUCAAAGUCCUCUACCAAGAAAACCCCUGCGUUCUAAAAGUAUACCACGACCGCGGCCCCUCAGAGCAUGACCCCCCAAACCGCGAAGUCAACCUCUUCAUCGCCGAAUCAACAGCCUACCAGCGCCUACAGUCAAAAGGCUUCUGCAGUAGGGGCAUCAUUCCCGACUUCUACGGGACUAUCAGGGACAUUCAGCCAACACUCUGGCCAAAUCUCAACAUGUUCCUUGAUGAUAAAUUACCACCCAACGCAAUUCUCAUCGAAUAUAUCCCCAAUAUGCAGAUGAUAGGUCUAGAAAACUAUUCGGAACAAUGCAUGACCAAGUUCCGUCAGAUCCUUGAUGACAUCCACGAGGCGAAUGUCCUGCAUGGUGAUCCGAUGCCGAGAAAUAUGAUGGUUUCGGUAUGGGGAGGUGAGGAGAGGGUGCUCUGGGUGGAUUUUGAUUCUGCACAGACGUUUCCUGAGGAUGGGAGUCAUUCGAGGCAGAAGGAUUGGGUGGAGAUGGAAGAUGAAUUGGUGGAUUAUUUUAUUGUGGCUUUGGGUGAGGAUUAUAGGGAUGGGAAGCUGAGUCGGACGGUAUCUUAUUAUGAUGAUUAUUUUCCAUUAUGA